AGUUCUAGAUGUUAAAUGGUGUCACGUGAUGUACAUGUGAGGACAUUUUCGUCCAUUAAUGUCAAAACCCCCUGCACCUCCUUUAUAAUGCCAACUGAAACAUUUUCCCCAAACCUAACGUACAUCAAACACAAUCUAAAUCUUAUCUCUGUUCAACUCCUUCUGCGAGAAACAUCAAACACAAUCUUUAUCUUAUCUCUGUUCAUCUCCUUCUGCAAGAACGAUGGUGUUGUGCAAUUGUGGACAGGAAACAACGAUUCUGACAUCCUGACCGAUUUAAACCCUGGUCGACGUUUCUAUUCAAGCCCUGAGAUCAAUGGAUGCAGACGAUUUAUUGGGUGGGUGGACCCCCCAAAUGUGCAGUUGUUCUGUGUCAAUCAUACCUGGGCUAUUGAGGAACUGAAACCAACUUGAGCUUGAGAUUGCAUAACUGCAAUGGAACAAACUUAUUGUGGUGUUGUUGGUUAUUUUAGGGUUUUUAGGGCUGAUUGUACUCUCUGAUUGAUGUAAUGCAAUGUUUAAUGAUGUAAUUGUUAUGUUAUGUAGCUAAUGAAGUCUGUUUUUGUUGAAAA